UUACUCCUGGCAUCCCAAACAUUGGAUGGCAGGGACAUGCUGCUGUCCUGCAAAGUGCAGCGUGCCCUUUACUGCAACUAUUGAAAAUGUAACUUCUAGAAAGACAAAACUGGACCAGGGGCACCAGAACCAUGAACGUAUGCAAUAGUACUGAUCUUCCAGAAGUUGAAAUCAUCAGUCUACUGGAAGAGCAGCUGCCCCACUACAAGCUAAGAGCUGAUACAAUUUAUGGUUAUGACCACGACGACUGGCUCCACACCCCGCUCAUUUCUCCUGAUGCCAAUAUUGACCUGACCACUGAACAAAUACAGGAGACGCUGAAGUAUUUCCUUCUAUGUGCUGAAAGAGUGGGCCAGAUGACUAAAACGUACAAUGACAUAGAUGCUGUUACACGUCUGCUUGAAGAGAAAGAGCGGGAUUUAGAAUUAGCCGCACGCAUUGGUCAGUCACUGCUGAAGAAAAACAAAACACUCACGGACAGAAAUGAAUUCCUCGAGGAGCAGGUGGAACACAUUCGGGAGGAGGUUUCUCAGCUGCGCCAUGAGCUGUCAGUGAAAGACGAGCUGCUUCAGUUUUAUACAAGUGUUGCAGAAGAUAGUGAAGCUGAUUCAACCUGCUCAACUCCGAUAAGGCGGAAUGAGUCUUCAGCAGUCCAAAAUUACUUUCCCCAUGAUUCUCUGCAGAAGAAACUGAAGGACCUUGAAGAGGAGAAUGUUGUCCUUAGAUCAGAGGCUUGUCAUUUGAAGACCGAAACAAUCACUUAUGAAGAGAAGGAGCAACAGCUUGUGAAUGAUUGUGUGAAGGAGCUAAGACGUUCAAGUAUUCAAAUCUCUUCCAUUGCUGAAGAGUUAGCCAAGAAAACCGAAGAUGCUGCCCGGCAACAGGAGGAGAUCACCCACCUCCUCUCCCAGAUAGUGGAUCUACAGAAGAAGUCUAAAUCUUACGCAGUAGAAAAUGAAGAACUUUCCCAACAUCUGGGGGCUGCUAAAGAUGCCCAGCGCCAGCUCACAUCUGAGUUACGAGAGCUGGAAGACAAGUAUGCAGAGUGCAUAGAGAUGCUUCAUGAGGCGCAAGAAGAGCUGAAGAACCUGCGCAACAAGACUAUGCCCAACAGCACUCCCCGGCGCUACCAUUCUCUGGGGCUCUUCCCGAUGGACUCGCUAGCAGCUGAGAUUGAAGGCACCAUGCGAAAGGAACUUCAGCUGGAGGAUCCCAUUACUGAAGAGCAGAAGAUUCACCACAAGCGAGUGUUUGAGACAGUGAAGAACAUCAACCUGACCGUGAAGCAGCGAUCACUGGCUCCCUCUCCCAUGAACAUUCCUGGGUCUAACCAGUCCUCCUCACUGAACUCAGCGCUCUCCAGCUGCAUGAGCACGCCACGCUCCAGUUUCUACGGAGGAGACAUCAGCAACAUUGUUCUAGACAACCGGACGAACAGCAUCAUCCUGGAGACAGAGUCGCCUGAUGGCAGUGAAGACACGAACAAAAAGCCAGGGACCCCAGGGACACCAGGCUCCCACGACUUGGAGACUGCUCUGAGAAGACUGUCACUACGGCGCGACAACUACCUGAGUGAGCGGCGCUUCUUCGAGGAGGACCGGGAGAGGAAGCUGCGUAACCUGGCUGAGAAGGGCGAGCUGUACAGCAGUUCCCUGACCCCCACCGAUAGCAUCAUGUCCCUCAGCACCAACCACUCAGGCCUGUCAGGACUCUGCUUCAUCAGCCGCUCCUACUUGCCUGAGAAGCUGCAGAUCGUCAAGCCUCUCGAAGGUUCAGCCACUCUGCAUCUCUGGCAGCAGCUGGCCCAGCCCAAUCUGGGGGGGAUCCUAGACCCAAGGCCUGGCGUGGUCACCAAAGGCUUCAGGCCGCUAGAGCUUGACCUGGAAGAGGUGUACCAGCUUGCAGACUUUGAGGAAGACGAGUCAGGUGACCUUUCUUUCCAGGAACUACAUACCUCGACCCCUGCUCAGCCCAUGGAGACCUCAGUUUAUCAUCCUGGUAAAUGUAUGUCCAACACCAGCUCCACCUACACCUUCACCACCUGCCGAAUCCUGCACCCCUCUGAUGAGCUCACUCGAGUUACUCCAAGUCUUAGCAUGGGGCCCACUACCACUUGCGUUAGCAUGAACAGCUUGAAAUCUACUCCUGUAGCCACCCCCUGCACUCCCCGACGUUUAAGCCUUGCUGAAUCCUUCACUAACCUGCGGGACUCCACCAAGACCAUGAGCACCUCCUUGGGACUAGUCAGGCUGCUGCAGGAGAGGGGCAUCUCAGCCGCCGUCUAUAAUCCUCGGAGCUGGGACAGAGCAGACUCCCCCCUCCUCAACCCCUGCGUACCCAGAGCCGAUGUCCUGCCCUACACCCCACCCAACUCCCCCACUACGCAGCACCAGACCGGACCCCCUUUUGAAUUCAGGGGUUCCAGCCCCUCCUAUGACAAUUUCUUGGCUUCCAAGCCAGCCAGCUCCAUUCUGAAAGAGGUGAGGGCCGAAAGCACGAGCAGCUGCAACAGCGAGUGUCAGACAGAUGUCAGCGUCUACAACCUCAACCUGGUGGACAAGCUCAAGAGGUUUGGGAUUGCCAAAGUAGUCAGCCCAGGGGGACCUGUACAGUCCCCACCACUGACAGACAUGCCAAGACCUUUUCUCAGUGGGGCUCACCGAUCGGUGCCAUCCUUUGGGCCCGGAGACCUGGGGAAGGAAGACCUGCCUUUAGUCUCCCCAGUCGUGGUCACCAGUACCAUCGGGGGGCUUCAACUGAAUGCUGGCAUGCGACGCAAUCACAGCUUUCCUGUCAUGGUGGGGGCCAGCAUGCAGAUGAAGGGCCCUGUGCCUCAAAGUUCAGGAAUGCUAACGGGUCCCAAGCUGCCUGAACAGACUAGCCUCCGAUAAUGGACAUUCUGUAAAAUGUUUUACUCUGGUGUUUGACAAAUCAACUCUGUGCCUGUUAAGAAUAGAAAAUAAAUACUUUGUACAAUUCUUUUUGUAUAUACACCCCCCCCCCCC